AGAAUGCACAUGUUAGUUUGCAGUUGGCUGUAGUCUGUAUGGUUUGUUCAAUCGCAGCUUUUUGGUCCAGAUGCUGCCGACGCAAGGAGACAACACCGUCGGCUUUUGUGGCCGCUAGUUGUUUGAAGUCGGCUUGGUGUGUCCCGGCCUUAAAUGCUUUUAUGUUGCUUUUCACAUCUUUUGCUUUGUGGCUUUAAACUGUGGUUAACUUGUAUUUAUCUUUUUUUGCUUUAGACCAGCUGGUGCUGAAAGAGGAGAAUCAAGAUCCAAAUGAAAUGGAACAGACAGAUCAGUGUGAGAAACACCAUGAUUUCAUAACUGGUGAAAAAGCCACACAGUCUAAAACGGCUUCUAUACGAAAAAGAGCUCAGAAAACCAAAUCUAACAGCUCUUUCACCUGCCAUCAUUGUGGAAAGAGCUUUGCUCAACAAGACGCCCUCAAAAGGCACAUGAGAAUUCACUCGGGAGAGAAGCCUUUCACCUGCCAACAGUGUGGAAAGAGCUUUGCUCAACAAGGAACCAUCAAAAGGCACAUGAGAACUCACUCGGGAGAGAAGCCAUUCACCUGCCAACAGUGUGGAAAUGUUUUCACUCAAAAAGCAAACCUUCAAAAUCACAUGAGAACUCACUCGGGAGAGAAGCCAUUUACCUGCCAACAGUGUGGAAAUGUUUUCACUCAAAAAGGAAACCUUCUAAGACACAUGAGAACUCACUCGGGAGAGAAACCUUACACUUGCCAUCAGUGUGGAAAGAGCUUUACACAGAAAAACAGCCUUCAAUCUCACAUGAACAUUCACACUGGAGCGAAACCUUAUACAUGCGAACAGUGUGGAAAGAGUUUCCCUGCAAAACAAAACCUUAAAAUCCACAUGAGAGUUCACACUGAAGAGAAGCCUUACUCUUGCAAGUAUUGUGGAAAGAGUUUCGCAAAUGCAUACUCCCGUAAUUACCACAUGAGAAUUCACACUGGACAGAAUGUGUUCACAUGUGAUCUUUGCGGAAAGAGCCUCGCAACAGAAUUUAGCCUUAAGUGUCACAAGAUGAUUCACACUGGAAAGAAACCCUUCAAAUGUGAUCAGUGUGGAAAGCGUUUCAUAUGUAAGGUAAGACUUAAUUACCACAUGAAGACUCAUUCAGCAGAGAAAUGCUGUAAAUGUGAUCAGUGUGGAAAGAGUUUCAUAUGUAUGAAUAAAGUUGUGAAAAAAAAGGAAGACGGAGUCUUGUCUGUCCAGGAGUGCAACAUAAACUUGGUGUUUCCGCCCGGUCGUGAGUUUGAUAGCGAGGAAGCAGGACGAGACACCGGUUACUGGCUGUGA